UUUAGGUAGCUGACCUCACUGCAGGACAAAGCCAGCACAGGAAGAAGAGUUUUACAUCCAUCCAUCAGUAGGCAUUGCAUUGGAUCUGAUCUGGGCAGGGGAUGUGCAAUCAGUGAAUUUCUGCAGUGCACAGAAGUCUCAAGCUUGCCAGGCUGAACCAUCCUUUCUAUGAAUCUCAGCACCUUAAUGCUUCCCUAAAAUGCAGACGCUUAUCCUGGCAAGCUCGUGCAUGGUUGCAGAUGGAGGCAAGAGCUUGGUGACAGGUUUUACAUCCUUCAACCAGGGAUGCACCUUUGUGUUAAGCAAUAAACUUGCGUGCAGACCUAUCUCUUCCUAGGAACAUGAAGGAAGGGACUGCAAAGACCUCCACAGGGAGAUUGGGAUGGCUGGGGCCGCCAAGGACAGGGAAGACCUACACCCUGGAGCUGUGUGUGCCUGGCCCGAGUUCACACCCUGGCUGUAGGAGGUUUUUGCUGCUCAGAAAGGAGGAAUAAUCUGAGCAAAGAAGGAUCACAGCACCACCUGCUGGGACUGCUCGACAGUCCCACAGCAGCAGGGAACUGGAAAAUUUCCAUAGCAAAUACAGGAUAAUUUCACUUUUUCGUUAAGUGUUGGACAUCCAUAAGGCAGCUGAACAUUCUCAAGGAGAAAGCUUUGCCCAAGAAUAAAUUAAAAACUAUAUAUGCAUUAGCUGAAUUUAUAGGAUAUUUUUCUCUUUUUUUGGUGCUUUUCUAUCUUGGGUGAUGCUGUGCCAGGGUCAUGCUUGAACAGUGACUGUGCAUUGCCCAGGGUUGGCCCGUAGCACUGUUUCCAUAUUUCCACUCAGGGUGUUCUGCUAAAGAAUUUCCCUCUCUCAGCUCUCUGAGCGUGGCUGCACCCUUAGCACACACCAUCCUACCCCUCUACUUGUGAGGCCACAGCUGGGAUGCUGUGUCCAGUUCCGGGCUCCUCAGUACGAGAAAGACAUGGAGCUGGUGGAGAGGGCUCAGUGCAGGGCCACAGAGGUGAUCUGGGGUCUGAACAUCUCUCUGAUGAGGAAACUGGGGGAGCGGGGCUUGUUAAUUCUAGAGAAGACAGAGGGGACCUCAUGAAUCCAUAUACCUAUCUCAAAGCUAUGUGUCAACAGGAUGGUGCCAGAGUCUUUUCAGUGGUGCCCAGCACCACGAUGAAGUGCAACGGCCAUAAACUAGAACACGAGAUGUUUCACCUCCACACGGGGAACAACUUUGCAUUGAGGGUCCCUUAAUUCUGGGACUCCUCCUGGCCAUUAGCAGGGACAUCAGCACAAUGCCCAGGCCCUGAGAGGGCUCCAGCGGUGCCGCUGGAUGUCGCAGGAGCCGCUCCCGCUGUGCCGUUUGCCCCCGGCCUGUCCUGCCCGGGGCAGCCCCGCUCCGUCCCGUCCGGCGCGCCGCUCCGCUCUCCGGGUUUGCCCGGCGCCGCCCGCUCCGUGGCUCCGCGCUCCGCGUUUCCGCUGCGGCCCGCGCCGGCCCCGCCCCGCGGCUCCGGUUUCAGGCGCUGCUACAGGGACCCCCAAGAUGGAAACGCAGGGGCUGCCGGCCGCGGAGGCGGCCCGGGCCCGGCCCGCCGCGCAACAUGGCGGCCCCGCCGCGCCGCCGCCGCCCGGCUGGGACCCGCCGCCCGCCGCCCCCUCCUCCGCCGGCAGCACCCCCGCGCCGGGCCUCUACGUGAGCUUCCCGGUGCUGCUGCUGGAGGAGAAGCCGGAGCCCGGCGCCAGCCCGGCGCCCAGCGCGCCGCCGGCGGGCCCCGCACCCGACAGCGACGGGCUCCUGCUCGUUUUCAACGUGGUGCGCGGUGCGGCCGAGCCCGGCGCGGGCGGCGGCGAAGCGGGGCGAGCCCAGCCCGGCCCGCCGCCCGCCGAGCCGCCGGAGGAGGCCCCCGCCUCGGCCCCGCCGCCGCCGCCUCCUCCUCCUCCCCCGCCGCCGGCACCGCUGCCCCCCGCGGGCGGCGAUGGCGGCGGGGCGGAGGACGGCGCCUUCUCGGGGACCAUCACCAUCAACAACCAGAGCCUGCUGGUGCGCAUCGAGAACGGCGUCCUGACGCUGGGGCCCGGCGCCGAGCAGCCCGCGGGCGCCGCCCCCCCCGCCGCCGCCAGCCCCGCCGAGCCGCCGGGCGGCCCGCGCCCGCGCUCGCCGCCGGCCUUCGCCUGCCCGGAGCCGCGCUGCGGAGAGGCCUUUCCCCGCAAGCAGCAGCUGCGGCUGCACCGGCUCUCGGCGCACGGCGGCGGCGAGGACGGGCGGGGCGGCGCGGCGCGGCCCUUCGGCUGCCCCGUGCCGGGCUGCGCCUGGUCCUUCGCCACGGCCUACAAGCUGCGGCGGCACCUGCACUCGCACGACAAACUGCGGCCGUUCGCCUGCGCGGCGCCCGGCUGCACCAAGCGCUUCACCACCGUGUACAACCUGCGGGCGCACAGCCGCGCCCACGAGCAGGAGGCGGCGCACAAGUGCGAGGCGUGCGGGCAGCGCUUCCCCAGCGCCGCCCGCCUCGCCGCCCACCGCCGCCGCAGCCACCUGGAGCCCGAGCGGCCCUUCCGCUGCGACUUCCCCGGCUGUGAGCGAACGUUUAUCACAGUGAGUGCAUUAUUCUCCCACAAUCGAGCCCACUUCAGAGAGCAAGAGCAGUUCUCCUGCUCAUUCCCUGGCUGUAACAAACAGUAUGACAAGGCCUGCCGACUGAAAAUCCACAUGAGGAGUCACACAGGUGAAAGACCUUUUAUCUGUGACUUUGAAGGCUGUGGCUGGUCUUUUACGAGUAUGUCCAAGCUUCUGAGGCAUAAAAGGAAACACGAAGAUGACAGGAGAUUCAUGUGCCCAGUAGAAGGCUGUGGGAAGUCCUUCACGAGAGCAGAACACUUGAAAGGCCACAGUAUAACUCACCUUGGUACAAAACCAUUUGAGUGUCCAGUAGAAGGCUGUUGUGCAAAAUUUUCAGCACGAAGUAGUUUGUAUAUUCACUCCAAAAAACAUCUUCAGGAUGUGGACUCGUUAAAGACGCGGUGCCCUGUUUCCAGCUGUAAUAAGCUGUUCACUUCCAAACACAGUAUGAAAACGCACAUGGUCAAGCAGCAUAACUUCAGCCCAGAUCUCCUAACUCAGCUAGAAGCAACCUGCUCCCUCACCCCCAGCAGUGAGCUCACUAGUCCAGGGCAGAGUGAUCUCAGCAACAUCGACCUCGUCUCCCUGUUUUCCAACGUGCCCAGUAACAAUUCUGGAAUUGCAGGGGACAUGGCGCUGGUGAACUCUGGAAUCGUCACCAUCGAUGUGGCUUCGGUGGGCUCCACGCUGGGGGGGAGCCUGCCUGGCAGUAACAGUUCCCUAAGCCAGGCAGUUGAUCCCUUGAUCCUGGUGGCAAGCAAUGACAUGCCCCAGAGCCUGGACAGUUCUCUCCUGCUGGGAACCAGUGCGACGGUUCUACAGCAAAGCACUUUAAAUUUGGAUGAUGUACAGACUGUCAAUGCCGAAGCCUUGGGUUCGCUGGCGUCUCUGUCAGUGAGGAAUUCCAGUCAGGAUGUGCACGGCCUGACGUGCAGCAAUAAUUUAACAGUAGACACAGCCACUUUGACUCCUUCCAGCAGCCUCGGCAGCACCAAUGUGCCUGAGUUACUGACACCAAUUAAAGCUGAACGGAAUUUGCUUCCCAGCUCAGAUGUGGUUGGUCAGCAGGAGGGCAGCAAAGUAGUGACACAGUUUGUGUUCUCCAACCCUCCAGGGAGUUACAGUGCACAGAAGGAAAUGGAUCUUGGCGCAGUGACUGGCAGCUCGUUUUUGGAGAGCAGUGGGUCUGCAAGAACAGACUAUAGAGCCAUUCAGCUGGCCAAGAAGAAGAAACAAAAAGGGAAUGGCAGCAGCACAGGGGCUUCUGGUUCUGGUCAGAGGAAAAACAAGGGUGGUAAAGUAAGCCCUACCAACUUUUCUUCCUCUACUCCUGGCAGUCGACUGGGUGGUAACAUAGUUCUGCCAAAUGGAGGGCUGACAAUAAGGGACCCUGCCACUGGAGCCCAGUAUGUGCAAAUUCAGCUUCUUCAGGAUGAUUCCCCAGGAGAGGGAGAUCUUCCCUUUCAGCUGAGCUCUCAGUCUUCCUCCUCACAUUCUCAGCUUACAGUGGAUUUACCUGUUUACAUACUUCAGGAACCACACAAUUCCACUGAAGAUGAUGCAGGCUCUGAUAACUCUCAGUUCACUGGAAGCACAAUAAAUUUACAGGAUCUGGAAUGACGAUUAUUAAGAGCAGUUACUUGAAAACAAAUUGGGCAAUCAUGACAGAGUGAGAUUACUGUGUGGGCCUUUUUCCAAGGAAAAUACGAAAAGUAGGAGAACUGAAGUAUGGUUGCACUCUUUGUGAUUUGCUUAAGACAGUUGCAGCUGAAAGAUUUUCUUUAAAAAUGUAAAUCCCACUUGAUGUGCCUGUGUAUACCCUGUCUGCCUGGGGGUUGGGAGGCUGAGGCAGACUGCUGUACAGUGUUGUUUCAGGGAGAAGUACUUUAUUACACUUCAAACUGAGGUAAUAUUUACUGUUUUCACAGGAAAGCAAGUAUUCUACAGCUAACAAAUGCAAAUUUAUAAUCCUGCCUGCCACAGUUAAAACUUUCCUUCCACUGGUCUCCUCCUGAAGCCAGUGGCAUCAAGGAAUUAAGAGCUAAAUUUUGCAAGUGUUUUCCACACACAAAGAAAAGGAUUGUUUCGGCCUCUGUGUUUGGCAGAAAACCAGAAUAAAGUGUCACAUGUAACAAUAUUAAUGUUCUAUGCCAUGAAAAUGAGAUGCUCUAAAAUCUUUGUUUUAGAAAGCUAGAUUCUAAAUGUUAACUUAGCUGUGAAUCAGUUUGUAGCUCAUGUUGAGUUUCUCCCUUUCCUUGCUCUUGCAUCCCAAAUACUUUGCUGAAUUCUUCCAGCAAAACUUGAAAAAGAAAACUGCAAUAGAACUGUACUCACUGUAAGUGAUUUGCUAAGAGUCCAACAGCAUCUGAGAGAGGUUUGUUUUAUCUUUGUGUUCCCUUUUUUGGGAGGAAUGUUGACCGUCAUGUAAAUUUAAGCACCUUGAUUUUUAUCUCAUCUAUAACGCUGCCAAGUUACCUGUGAACUGGUCACUACCUUUUUAUUUAGGGUUGUUUGGUGUUUUUGUUUUGUUAAUUGAACACUGUUACCACGUGUUCCUUAUUGCUAUCCCAGAGUGUCAGGUGCACCUGGAGCUUCUGGCUGGUUUACAAAAUAUGCAGUUGUCAGAGUUUUUUAUGAGGGGGAAAGAGUUGUUGCCCAGGAAGAUUUGCCCCCGAAAAACUGCAGUUUCUCUUGGGGGGAGUGGUUGUAUGUACUCUACUUACAUGGAUUGCAGACACCUAAAUAAGUAUAGGGUUGUAUAGGGAAAAUAACCACCUUUGGUUACGUUUUAAGGUAGUAAUUUAAUUGUUUCCUAUGGUGAUGUUCUGAAUGCCUGUAAAAGUAUGUAUAGGAGUUUGAUAAAAGACUGUUUGUACUUUUUUUUUUUUAUUCUCAGUGAGGUGUGUGUAUGCACGUAUGUGUAUUUUCUUUUUUUUUUUACAAAAUAAGAUAUGUCACAGAGGAGAACGUUGUGAUCUUUUUAAUCUUGCACAUAUUUAUUUAUUUUACAGUUAUACUGAUGUUAAAUUCACAUGAGGUCGUUCAGAAAUGCUUUUACUUCCUGUGCCUUUUGAACUACGUAUGUGUCCAUAUAAAUGCUUUUUUGAUUGCAGACUUGGGGAGGAAAAAAGCAUACAGGUUACAGUGAACUCCAGCUCCUGAUCUGUAGGCAGUAUUAUAUCUCUGGUUGAACCAGCUUUAUUUUUCUAUCUUUAGCCUAACCGAGCAUUGAGGUCUCUCUGUUCCUCUCACUCUGAGUUUACAGCUUACAUCCAGGGAAAGUGAACCCUCUCAGGCUAAGUUUUCAAACCAGUUGGUAGCUGAGGUCCACCUGGUGGCUGUGGCUGCAGCACGGAGUCCACUCCUGAGAGGUGGAAGGAUUGAGGAGGAAUUGUGCUGAAGGGUCACCGUGCUCUCCCUGGAAGCUGAGACACCUCGAGCUCCCAAUGCCUGCAUUAUUCUUUUCUCAAGGACCAUACCAGUUUGUAAUCCAUUAAAAUGGCCAAGGAACACUCCAUCUUUUUAUGGGACUUGCAACCAAAUCUUUCUACUUCUGAAAAUGUACCUCACUCGGCUUUGUAAGUGAAUGUAAAGUGCUAACCUCUUGAGGGCAGAAACUUGGAUCACUUGGCUAGGGCUCCAUUGCUGGCAAUGGAUACCUGAAGAACUGCUGGUGCAAAAGGGUUAAUAAAGCUUUUUUUUUAUGGUCA